AUGCAUGACAAUCGUUGCCUCAAUAAAGCUCAGAAAAUACAACACCUGAAAAGCAAAGUUAGAGGUGAGGCUGAACGCAUAAAACAGCAUCUGCACAUAACGGCGGAGAACUACGACACCGCUUGGGAUCUUCUAACGCACAGCGUACCUGAAAAUUGCUUUGCUGGUUUUAGUCAUCUGAAAUAUUUGAAUUUGUCACACAAUUCCAUAUCUUAUCUUUCUGUAGCUGCCUUUGAAGGCAUAUCACAACUCGAGUCACUUUAUUUAUCAUACAACAAACUAUCAAGCAUUGCAAAUAUUGCAAUCAAACUCAGGAAUCUGAAAAGUUUAGAUUUGAGUAACAAUAACCUAAAAUACGUCGGGAAUUAUACUUUCAGUAACAGCACGGUGAGAUCCAUUAAUUUAAGUACAAAUGCAAUAUCCGAAAUAAAGACAUUAACAUUCUCCUCUGUAAGCGAUCUUCAAGAACUAGAUUUGUCAAAUAACGCACUAACUACAUUGGCCUUUUUAAAUCUAGGCUGCGGAAGUGAUCUAAAGAAAUUAUAUUUUCAUAAAAAUAUGGUUGACAAAGUAUCGAAUAAUACGUUUGCGAAAGUGCCUUCUUUAGAACAUUUAGACUUAUCGUACAAUGUGAUUCAAUCUAUCGAAUCUGGUGCUUUUAUUCAUCUAAAAAAACUGGAAAAUCUAUUAUUACACAACAAUCGUUUGUUUUCUAUACAAAUAAUAAAUUUGGAAGGCUUGUCUGCAUUACUAAAAUUUGACCUAUCUUAUACUGAAAUUGGUAAUUUUACGAAAGCAGCCGUUUCUGGCUUAAAAACAACAAUUUUCAAUUGUUCCCAUGCUGAAUUAAGCUAUAUACAUUUUGAUACAUUUGCUGAAGUCGAACAUAUUGACAUUUUGGACUUGUCGUAUAAUUCUCUCGUUACCUUUGAAAUCAAUCCAAAAGGCAUAUCAUCAGUGGAAUCACUGUAUCUUAAUAAUAAUCAAAUUACAUCAAUUUCAAACGUAUCGUUCGCUGGAUUCAUUGAGCUUCAAACGCUGCACUUGGAGUUCAAUAAUAUAGUAAACAUACACCCAAAAGCAUUUUCUACAUUGAAAUCUUUGAAGAUUUUGAAUUUGUCUGAUAACAAAGACUUGCAAGUCACUGGCGAUGUAUUUUCCAAUCUGAGAGGUUUAGCAUCGUUAACUAUGAUGAAUAACAAGAAAAGUUUUGAUUUCCAACACACAGAGAACGCAAGUUUUGAACAGGAUACAACCAUUCACAAUAAUAGGGACGUUGAUGCGAACAACGUGAGCAACAGGGCACAAUACUUCCCCCCCGAUUGUGCUGCCACCUUGUCGUGGUGGGGGGGCUUCCGUGCCCUUAUGAUCCCCAAGGCUAUGCCGGAUAGCGCUACGCACACCGGACAGGCUUGUGGGGGAGGGGCCAGACUAAGAGCGGCACACUGCGGAGGGCCCACUCCCGGUACCACUCUGAUCAGCAGAGCAGACUGGGAUGUGGACGUGCGCCGUCAGAGUGCGGCGCUGCAAAGGGGCUCAUCAGAGCGUUUGCGCGGCGGGUUCCGGCGGCUGUGA